CCCAGCUCCCCUCGAGUCCUCUCCUCUCUUCUCCGCUCCAACCCCAUGGCUCUCGUCCGCCAGCGCCGCCACCUACCUCACCUCACCCUCCCGCUCGACCACUUCGCCCUCCGCCCGCCGCCGCCGCCGCAGCAGCAGCAGCAGUCCGCAGUCGCGCCGCCGUCCACCUCGUCUGAUGUACGCCUCUCCGACUUCGAGAGGAUCUCCGUCCUCGGCCACGGCAACGGAGGGACCGUGUACAAGGCGCGCCACCGCCGGGGGUGCCCCGCGCAGCCGAUCGCGCUCAAGCUCUUCGCCUCCGGGGACCUCUCCGCGAGGCGCGAGGCCGAGAUACUCAAGCUCGCGGCCGAUGCCCCGCACGUUGUGAGGCUCCACGCGGUGGUCCCGUCGGCCGCCGGUGGGGUGGAGGAGCCUGCCGCGCUGGCGCUCGAACUCAUGCCCGGGGGGUCACUCACCGGGCUGCUCCGCGGCCUCGGCCGGCCGAUGGGGGAGCGCCCCAUCGCCGCCGUGGCGAGGCAGGCGCUCCUCGGGCUCGAGGCCCUGCACGCGCUCCGCAUCGUGCACCGCGACCUCAAGCCGUCGAACCUGCUCCUCGGCGCCAACGGCGAGGUCAAGAUCGCCGACUUCGGCGCGGGCAAGGUCCUGCGGCGGCGGCUCGACCCCUGCGCCUCCUACGUCGGGACGGCGGCCUACAUGUCCCCGGAGAGGUUCGACCCGGAGGCGUACUCCGGCGACUACGACCCGUACGCCGCGGAUGUGUGGAGCCUCGGGGUAGCGAUCCUUGAGCUGUACCUGGGCCAUUUCCCUCUUCUCCCCGUGGGGCAGCGCCCCGACUGGGCGGCGCUGAUGUGCGCCAUAUGCUUCGGCGAGGCGCCGGAGCUGCCUGCCGCGGCGUCGGAGGAAUUCCGGGACUUCGUGGCCCGGUGCCUCGAGAAGAAGGCCGGCCGGCGCGCGUCGGUCGCCGAGCUGCUCGAGCACCCGUUCGUGGCCGAGCGGGACGCCGCCGAUGCGCAGCGCUCCCUCGCCGCGCUCGUCGCCGAGGCCGAGCAGGGCGGCGAUCUAUAGACAAUCGAACCGCCGCUUGAUAGCUCUGGAGAUUUAGGAGCUAGUCAGAGAUGACGUGUACAUAACCUCUGCAACGUGGACGAACAAACUGUCCCGUGUGGCGUUUUUUCUUUUCAACUUUCGAGGAUUUGUUCGUUUUUUAGUUCUCUCUUGGCCAAAUUGUAAGACGCAAUUUUGUG